GCACCUUUUGCAUUUUUUGCACUCUUUGCACUCUUGCACAUCCCAGCCUCUCCGACUUUUCCCAUCCUCCCGCGACUUUACGUUUGAGCCAAUCCUGACGUGUCUUUCGUCCUUCUAUCGCCAAGUCGUGAGAACUAAAGAUAGCAGACGUGGUAGGCUCUCGUCAUCGCCGGCCGAGUCCCAUUAGAUACCAUGCUCCACCUAGCAGAAGCUGCAGGCCUCAGUAGGCGGAUUGUCGCGCUCUCCUGGAAGAUACGGAGUGAGCCGGACGCGGUGAUUGGUGGGUAUGCCGAGGCAGAGGGGAACGGGCUUGGACCGUUCCACUUCUAUUACACGAGUAAACUCGAGGAUCGCUAUGCCGAUCUGACGCCUGCGGGGGCUAGGCUUCGCGCGAUGCGGAUUGAAAACGAGCUCUCACCGUGUAGGCUGGAUGCGGCGACGGCGCUGAGGGCUCAGCGACAGGGCAUCGAGAUUGGACCCCUUGUGGUGGUGAUGGGUAGCGUUAGGACAUGAAUGAGGGACGGACAAGAGCCGAGGCUUCCAUCCCUCUUUUACCAUGAGUUAUUCUGUUUAGGGAUAAUAUACAUGGAAUGACCAAGUAGGAUUUCGAGCGGUAUGAUGGGUUGACACAGGUUUUGUAAACUCACUUGGCGUCGUCGCGUUCCUUGUCUGCAUACCGCGCAAAGCACUGUGCCGUUCCUAAAUUAAUCAAGGUCUAGACAUCUCCAGGGCAAGCAGAUUCGACAUCGGGCAGUAUUUGCUGCCUCUUUCCCUUCGCCCCCAUGUACUGUAGAUUUGGCGAGACCAUAUCAAUGGGUGUCGACUGUGAUGCGCCAUUUCAUUCAGUGCCUGACAAGCGUAAGUACAGUACAGACAUAUAGCGAGUGCGCCCUGAUUUUUUCACACGCCGUUGAAUGAAAAACACAUAUUGCUACCGACGAGCAAACACCGGCCUCGGAUCCCCAGGAUAAAAGACAAAAUUAUCCUUCGCAUCCCUUAGAACCGGCAACCAUCCUCUCCUGGAGAGAACUCCAUAUCAAAUUCCAUGACGAGUCGGGCAACAGUGGUUCGGAGAUUCAUUGAUGCCAGCGGCCAUCCAACGCAGUUGAAUUCACCAGCACUGAACGACAUAAACGUUGCCUUUUCUCUGACUAGCGAAGGGGAGCUAUAAUACCUUUCAGGGAUAAAC